AUGACAACGAUGCUUAUUGUUUAUCAUGGACAUUCACCACAUACAUACAUAAGGGAUUUAAACAACAAUAAACAAAUACAAAUUCAUUCAUUGAAGCAAUCUUUUCACGACUUCCAUAACAACGAACAAAAAAAACAUUGUUUAUUUCAGUCAAUUGUCAUUAAAAUGCUGAUUGUAAAAGAUUUUAAGUGGACACAAACAGAAGAUGAAAUUUGCAUUCGAGUACCACUCAAAAAUGUAUCGAAGGAUAAAGUGGAUAUUGUGACGCAUGAAAACUUUAUAAAAAUUCAUGCAUCACCGUACUAUUUUGAAGCAUUUCUCCUCCACACUAUUGUUGAAGAUAAAAGCAUUUGCCAAUUGAUGAACGAUGAGGCGAGAUUCAUUCUUGUGAAAACGGAACCAAUUGAGUGGGAGAAACUGGAACGGGAUUUUAUUGAUAACAUUGAGAAGCUUAAAGUUAAAAAUGAAAUUCUUGCUAAAGUUCAAGAGAAUGAGAAUGAAAAGAUCAAGAAGAGAUUCGAGUUGAAAGAUAAAAUUAGACGCAGUGAAGUAGAAAACGCAAUGGCUAAGGAUGCAGAGAUUCGCGAGAAAAUUGAAACUGUUCAAAAGCAGGCAGUUCAACGUGAAAUAUCAAAAGUUGAGGAAAUAAAAAAGUCAAAGAAAAAAGAAAUUCCACCGAAAGCAACAUCAAGAGCAGUUGAAGUCAAGAAGAAGAUUGAAUAUCAUGAACCACCGCCUGUUCGUCAGUCAGGAUCAAUUCAAAUCGCAUUCAGUAAGCGAAACUUUUUAACGCCCAAAAGAGAAUCGCAAGAUCCAGCCGAGCAAGAGUGGCUUCAAAAAGCAACCGAAGCAAGAAAAUCAAUUGGCUUUGUUCCUGACGAUUUGCGCUCCGAGGAACGUGAUCCAAUGUAUUUGAAAGGAAAAGGAGAUGAUUUUUUCCGACAAAAGAAUUAUCUUGCCUCAAUAUCAGCUUACACGACGGGUAUACAGCUUGCAAAGAAUUGUUUUGAAUUGUAUUUAAAUCGCUCGGCUGCACAAUUUGCACAAGGAAAUUAUCAACGAUGUGUUGAGGACUGCUCAAAAGCUUUAGAAUUGCUGGAUCCGCCAGUUGCUUCUAAUUUGAAGGCUCGUUUACAAGCUGUAACUAGACGUGGAGCUGCUUUAAGUAAAUUGGGUUUCGUUAGGCAAGCUUAUGAAGAAUUUGUAGCAGCUGUCAAAUUAGAUCCGACAGAUGAGCUCCUUAAACAUGAUGCUGAAAUGCUAAGAGCUAAAAUUGAGAACGACUACUCGAGUGAGGAUGAUGAUUAAAAAAAAUUCUCUUUAUAGUCCGUUCCUUCUUUUUUAUGCUUUAAUCUUGUUUGCGAUGUAUUUUUGAUGGUCGAAAAAUAUGAGAAAUAAAAUUAAAAAGUUGAAAUUUAA